AUGACGAGUCGACCCGACCCUAUUAUCGAAGACGUCCUAGGGCCGCUCGCCAUCAAAUCCAAGAUGGAGGGCCGCCUGCACGACGCCAGCCAUCGUGACAAUAUCGAUGAUAUUGCUAUCUACGUACAUCAAUCGUUGGGUGAGGUGCUGUCAGACGACAAGAAGCAGAGACUGGUCCAAAAGGCCAACGGGCUCUUCAUCUGGGCGAGCACUGCGUGCCGGAUGCUUACCAGCAAAACCAGUUUCAGUUCAACCGAGGAAAUAUAUGAUCAUCUGAUCUCCAGGGAGCGAAGUGGAGCCAUCGACGAUGUAUACGAUCUGGUGUUGGAGCGUACAGGCCCUGAACACCGGUCUGUCAUGUGCGGAAUGCUUGCGCUGCUGCUCGCUGCUUUUGAGCCACUCACUUUGGACGAUUUGGACGAUAUCCUCAAGCACAACAGAGUACGGGGAAGUGCCAAAGCAUUGGUGCAGAAUCUAGGGAGCGUACUUACGUCAGAUAAGACUACAAAUCUGAUCCAAUUUCGACAUCCUACCAUUGUCGAGUAUCUUCGACGCCGCUCUACCGCCCCCACCGUCGAUGGUUCCGAUAAAAUAUAUAUCAACAUCGCCAAUGCACAUGGCCAAGCCGCAUCGUGGUGUUUCAAAUACCUUAGGUCGCCAACAGAAGGCCUAAGGUUCAACAUAUGUCAAAUCGAGUCAUCAUUCUACCUAAAUCGACAGAUUCCAGACCUUGACACCAGAAUAGCAAAGUUCAUCCCGCGACGACUUCGAUAUGCCAGCUCUCAUUGGUUGUUCCAUGUGGCGGCAACCGACGAAAACGGUCAAUCCACAGUCAAAAAUGACGUUUGGCACACGAUUCAAGUUCCAUACGUCUUCUACUGGCUAGAGAUCCUGAGUUUGACCAGGGGGUUGUCACGAGCUAUAGCCGGUCUUCGAGCUAUCACACAUCACAGCGGUCUUGGAAGAGAGAUCACGAGCCGCAUGAAUGAGACCCGACGAUUCAUGAUGGCAUUCUCAGUGCCGAUCCAGGACAGUGCUCCUCACAUUUACAUUUCAGCGCUUCCUUUUACCCCGAUCAAGACAUCACUGCACGUCGAGGGCCGAGAAAAGUUCAGGAAUACGCUCAAUGUCACUCGAGGGCUGGAAGACUUGUACCCCGGGCUCCCCAAUAGCCUUCGAGGCCAUGAAGGUGGAAUUUGGGCGGUCGCAAUCUCGCCCGAUGGUUCACAGAUCGCUUCUGCUUCGAGCGACCGCACGAUUCGGCUAUGGGACGCGGACACUGGUCAUCCACUGGGAAAACCGCUGCGAGGACACAAGAGAGGGAUAACAGGCGUUGCAUUUUCAUCAGAUGGCUCGCGCAUCGUCUCUGGGUCGCACGACGGGACAGUUCGACAGUGGGAUGCACACAGUGGUCAACCUUUAGGGGAACCCCUUCAAGGACACGAUGAUUCAGUUUGGGCCGCCGAAUUCUCCCCAGAUGGCUCACGAAUUGUCUCGGGCUCUGAUGACGAGACGGUUCGAGUCUGGGAUGUAGACACCGGUCAACUUCUGGGAGAGCCGUUACGAGGUCAUACGGGUGGCGUCAAGGCUGUCGCAUUCUCACCAGAUAGCUUACGAGUUAUCUCUUGCUCGAACGAUAGAACAAUUAGACUGUGGGAUGCCGCUACUGGUCAACCACUAGGAGGACCGCUGAGAGGGCAUGAACAAGGGAUCAAAUCCGUUGCAUUCUCAUCCGACGGCUCGCGGAUCGUCUCUGGCUCGGGUGACGGGACAGUUCGACUGUGGGAUGUAGACAGUGGCCAGCCAUUGGGAGAGCCCCUUCGAGGUCACGAUAAUACAGUUUGGGCUGUCAAGUUCUCUCCAGACGACUCAAGAAUUGUCUCUGGCUCUGACGACGAGACGAUUCGAGUCUGGGAUGCAGACACCGGUCAGAUUCUGGGAGAGCCGUUGCGAGGCCACGAAGGAGGCGUCAAUUCUGUCACGGUCUCAUUAGAUGGCUCGCAAAUCAUCUCUGGUUCAGAUGAUCAUACAGUUAGAAUAUGGGAUGCAAUCAGCGGUAAACCUCUGGGACAGCCAAUUGAAGGACACAAAGGUUGGGUCUGUGCCGUCGCAUUCUCUCCUGACGGCUUGCAAGUCGCCUCUGGCUCGACUGACAGCACAAUUCGACUAUGGGAUGCACAAACCGGUCAAUCGCUAUGGGUCGCACUCCCCGGCCAUGAAGGUGAAGUCUAUACCAUCGCAUUCUCGCCAGAUGGCUCGCGAAUUGUGUCUGGGUCGAGCGACGAGACGAUUCGACUUUGGGACGCAGGCACUGGCCUACCACUGAUAGAUCCGCUCCGAGGUCACACCAAAGGGGUCAGGGCUGUCGCAUUCUCACCAGACGGCCUGCGAAUAGCCUCUGGAUCAAGUGACCAGACCGUUCGGCUGUGGGAUCUAGACAGUGGUCAGCCGCUGGGAAGGCCAUUCAAGGGUCACACAGACUUGGUAAGGGCCGUUUCAUUCUCACCGGAUGGCGCACGACUCGCCUCUGGAUCGGACGACGGGACAAUUCAAUUUUGGGAUGCAAAUACUCUUCAACCACUGGGAGAGCCAAUCCGCGGCCAUGCAGGGGGUAUCAACACUGUUGCUUUUUCAUCAGAUGGUUCUCGAAUUGCCUCUGGCGCGGAUGACCGGACGGUGCGACUGUGGGAUGUGGACACUGGCCAGCCAUUGAGAGAGCCCCUUCGAGGUCACGAUAAUACAGUUUGGGCGGUUGAAUUCUCCCCCGACGGCUCACAAGUUGUCUCUGGCUCUGACGACGAGACGAUUCGACUUUGGGACGCAAACACGGGACAGCCACUGGGCGAGCCACUCCAUGGUCACAAAGGGGGAGUCAACGCUCUUUCUUUCUCCCCGGACGGGUCGCGACUAAUUUCCGGCGCCGACGACAACACGGUUAGACUCUGGGAUGUAAGGUCAGACGUCAUAGAUGAAAAAAGGAAGAACCCGGACGAGGAUGACAGAGAUUCUGCGUAUUCAGAUCUCGAGGGGGACCUCUCAGGUACUCCUCUGCGGAUCUCUGUGCCGGGAUUCGAGCGGUGCUCGCUAUUAUCCGAUGGCUGGGUUCAAUCUUCCGGCAAAUUCCUUUUCUGGGUGCCGCCAGAGAAUCGUAAUGGUUUACAAUAUCCACACCUUCUUACUAUGCCUUCAGCGAGUCCAUACCGUGCUACAAAGUUGGAUUUUGCCCAUUUCAAAUGUGGCCUCUCUUGGGUUAACAUUUGGAACGACGCCAGCUAG